AUGGAGGGAGCAAUCCUUUUACUGUCCUCUCUCCUUUCUAUACUUUUAUUGACUGAAGCCUCGGAGAUGCCUUUCCAAGAAAGAAUGCUCCUCAAGGCCUUGGGUUUGAGCAGACGACCAAAGCCUGUGAACCCACCGCCGGUACCAAAAUCACUGCUAGACAUAUUUGAGAAAGGAGUAAAGGAAGACAAUCCGUGUUGGAUGGACGGCUUUAAUGUGCCUGGAAAUAUUGUCAGGUCCUAUCGAAACCAAGGUCCAUCAUCACAGAGUGAAAAGCCACAAGGAUCAUUGUGUGUCAAGAAGCAUCUCUUCUUUGAUGUCACCGCAGUAGAGAAAACAGAGCAAAUAACUCUGGGACAGCUAGAGAUCCAAUUUGGACACAAGGUGUCUCAUGGGCAAGAAUUCCACUUGCGUCUGUACCAGAACCUGCACAUAUCUUUGAAUGGUAUGAGAGAGAACCCAACAAACAGGAAACUUCUUGUGAACCAAUCCUUCCGUCUCCUUAAUAAAUCUUUGUACUUUAACUUAACCAAAGUGAUAGAGGAUUGGACCAACCCUGAAAAAAACAUGGGCCUGAUUCUGGAGAUAUCUACUGAUGUGACAGCCAAUGGCUCCUCCGCCCAGUGUGAGCAAAUCCACCCUUUCAUCCAUACUUCUCUGCUCACUGUCUCCCUUGACCCAUCAAGUUGUAAAACCACUAGACCCAAGAGGAGCAUUCCACCUUCAUUACCGACCCCUAACAACCUGUGCCAAAAGAGGAGACUCUACAUCAGUUUCAAGGAUGUGGGAUGGCACAACUGGAUCAUCGCCCCCAAAGGUUACAUGGCCAACUAUUGCCACGGGGAAUGUCCAUAUCCACUGACAGAAGUGCUCAAAGGCACCAACCAUGCUGUCAUACAGUCACUUGUGCAUGGCUUAGACCCAGAACUCACCCCUCUACCUUGCUGCGGCCCCACAAAGCUGUCCCCCAUCUCCAUGCUGUAUUAUGACAACAAUGACAAUGUGGUGCUGAGACACUAUAAGGACAUGGUAGUGGAUGAUUGUGGCUGCAAGUGA